AUGAAUCUGGACACGAGCAGACGGCUCAUAAAAAAAGGAAGCGAUGCCAUUUUGCUCACCCUUUUGGAAGAGACAGAGGACAAAGAGAGCCCCAAAGUGGUAAAAACAGCAACUGUCAAUAAGAGACACAACAGGCAGGGAAGGAGGCAAAGGGUAAUCGGGAAAAGCAGAAUAAUCGCACACUCCAAAACAAAAGAAGAGAAAGAUCUGGAAGAAGAAGAAAACACAAAAACACUCACGGAAGGAGUAGACUUUGCAGGCGUAUACGGGGAGAUAGACGUAAACGAGGGAACGUACUUAGUGUACAUUAAAGAGUCUAGGAAAGUGGGGAGACUAAAUGGGAAGGCAGUUUACGAAGUGCUGUCGUGUGGAUCGGUCUGCAUUGAUGGCUUGAACGACCCGAUGAUCCAGGAGAUGCUUGACGACUUUUUCAAGAUUCCAGGCCUCUUUUACUCAGAAACAGACCUCUCCACUGCUGGAACACAUUUGGAGGAAAACACGGAUUUUAUUUAUAACUACAUCCCUCUAUCAAAGUAUCAGCAAAAUAACCCAGAUGCAGCAGUGUUUGGGAUAAAUGUCGUGCAAGGAUACUUUGGGCAGGAGUAUCUCUCGGGAAAAGUGGAGAUGGAGUGCACAAUCGUCAGCAGAAGGUCCUGGAGGAAUGCAGGCACGCGGUACUACGCCAGAGGCGCUGAUCCAAAUGGAGACGCAGCCAAUACUGUGGAGACGCUGCUAAUCGCAAAAACAAAAACAGAGACGUACGAGUUUAUCCAGUGCAGAGGGUCAAUUCCUCUUUCGUGGGAGCAGAAAAUAAAUUUAUCGUAUAAACCUCCUGUUAAAAUGGGGAACUCCGACUUGAGCAGGCACCUAUUCAUGAAACACCUGAAUGUUCUUAGAAAGAGAUAUGGGAAGUACAUGUUCAUCACCCUGCUUGAUGAAAAAGGACACGAAAAAGAGCUGAACAGCGAGUUUACAAAGUCACUGCAGGAGACGGGGUGCAAGUAUCUGGCAGUUGACUACCACCGGAUGAUGAAAAGUGCGGAAGAGAAAAAAGAGUUUAAAAAGAGCCUGAAGGAUGCUCUUUCACACGAGGUGAUGCUGAGAACCAACUGUGUAGACUGUUUGGACCGUACGAAUGUCGUGCAGUCACAGCUCUCCAAAAUAAAACUCGUUGAGAUGCUCGGACUGGAAGAAGAGUCUGAAAAUGGAAGCAUUCUCGACAUUGACGACUAUCUGAAUGAAAGCUCAGUUAAAAAGCUAGGACAGCUUUGGAAUAGCAAUGCCAAUGCGCUGUCUAUGCAGUACACGGGAACAUCAGCACUGAAGAACGACUUAACAGAGCACGGAGUAAGAACAUUUAAGGGUCUGAUCCAGGACGCGAUCAGCAGCGGCAAGAGGUAUGUGAACAACAACUUCACAGAUGGAAGGAUGCAGGAGAUCAUUGAACUAGUUACAGGAGUCAGACAGACACUGGGAAACUGUAUUAGGGGAGACAGAAGGAUAGGAAUAUAUUUGGUGUUGGUCAGCAUACUUAUUGCAUGCUUGUACAAGCACUCGUACUAUGCAGGUAAUGCUGCAUUGGCUUGUGCAGUUGUUUCAUUCAGAAGCGUGCUGGCUGUUUACCUAUCUUUUCCAUCUCCCCGAAAGAGAGUUCAGGGCGAGAAAGAGAAUGAAAAAGUAAAAAAAAGAGAAUAG